CGGAGCCUGAGACUCAUGACUAAGCAUUAUCGAGAAAUACAGAGGCCAAAACAGAGGCUAAUAAUCUUUCAGAAGUAAAAACAAAAUCAUGCAGAAAAACUUAUGUCAGUCGUAGAUUGGCUUGUAUAUUGGAUAUCGACUUAAUUAGUAUGGAUUACUUUCGCGUCUUGUUUGAUAAGCUCGACAAGAAUAAAGAUGGAUUUAUAUCAGUGGAGGAAUUGCAUAGUGAAAUGCGAAGGAUAGGUGUAGUACCAGUAGGCGAAAAAGCGCAAGCUAUCUUGUUUAAAUAUGACGAAAAUAAGGAUGGACGUCUAAGCUAUCAGGAAUUUCUGGUUUACAUGAUGGACAGAGAGAAAAAAUGGAAAAUAGAUUUUCAUGCCCUUGACAGAAAUAAUAGUGGUACCAUUGACCUGCAGGAUAUCAUGAUUCUGUUUAAGGAGUUAGGUGUGCUUAUAACUAAACACAAUGCCAAGAGAAUCAUUCAAAUGAUGGAUGAAGAUAACUCUAUGACCAUAGACUGGGAAGAAUUCCUCCAGCACAUCAUUAUCAACCCAGCAGAAAAUAUUGGUGAGCUGGUUUCUUCCUGGAAACAUAACUUGGUAUUUGAUGUAGGUGAGAGUCGCUCUAUGCCUAUUGAAUUAACCCAGGAGGAAAGUGACCCAUUUGUCUGGGGAAACUUUAUAUUGGCUGCAGGCCUGGCAGAUGCUGUGUCUAGAACCUUGACAGCACCAAUCGACCGCUUAAAGACCCGGCUCCAGGUUUUUGAAUCCAAAGCUGUGUCUCUGGGAUUUCGGGUGCUCCAGACUGGAGGUUUUAGAUCCAUGUGGCAAGGAAAUGCUGUAAAUGUUCUUAAAGGAACGCCACAAUCAACGCUUCAGUGCUUCCUCUAUGCACAGAUGAGAAUGUACAGUCUUGGUGAUAGGGACAGUCUGUCUGUGCAUCAAAGGUUUGGGCUGGGCUGUGUGUCAGGGGCUGUGGCACAUGCUGUGUUCUACCCCUUAGAGGUCCUGAAAGUAAGACUCAAUCUCCAGAUGGCCGGCUCCUACAAUGGAGUCCUGGGAUGUGCUAAAUUGAUUUACCAGAAUGAGUCUGUGGCAGCAUUUUAUAGAGGGUUCAAACCCAGCAUACUCUGCAUGAUACCUUAUGCUGGUGUGGAAUGUGCAGUGCAUCAGUCAAUUAAUAACUGGUUCAAAGCAAAGGACCCAGCCCAGAUCAGCGAUCCCAAACUGUUCCUCAUCAGUUUUGCAGCAUUUGCAUCGGGACAGGCCACCAGUUACCCUCUUGCUGUCCUAAGAACACAGCAGCAAGCUCAAGCUGUCUGUGCAACCUCACCAAAACCUGUGACUGUUCUCCAAGGACUCAUUGGAAUCUAUGAGACGUAUGGUGUCCGAGGCUUUUAUAAUGGAAUGGGUGUUAGCUUUGUGAGGGCAGUUCCCUGUGCUUUGUUAAAUUAUACCCUGACCUCAAAAUUCCAAACACUGCUUUCUUAGUUGUCAUAAUGUAAAAGAAAGAUUCAACGAAGAAGCCGUGUAAACACUGUUAUUUGUUUUGCUUAAUAAGAAAAUGUACCAUU